UAGCUGAACUAUUUCGUGCACGCAUGCGCUGUGAGUCAGUUUGAGAAAAUGGCAGACGUCACUUUGGACGAAGUGAUACGACAGCGCGGUAUUAAUGUCAAGGCACCAGCUAAACGGGCUACGUUUGGACGGGGUGCAGGAGGGGUUGGUAAGACUUUUGAUGCCCGGCAGAAGAUUGGAGUUAAUGAUGUCAGACAGCGGCUUGGAGGAGGAACAGGAUUUCAGGUGAAAGAUGCCAGAGAAAAGCUGGGUCAGACAGAUGCUCGCUUUAAAAUCCGGGGCAGGGGAGGAGCAGGGGGAUUGCAGGAUGCUCGUCAGAUGAUUAACUCACGCAAACAGGGGCAGAAUCAGCUCAGCGUGUCUGCACAGAUCACGCAGAAGACAGCAGCAACACAUCAACUACAGAGCCAGACACUAGUGCCACAGAUACAGAUAAACACCAACAACAGCACUGGUGGUGUGAAAGCAAGGCAGUUUGCCCCUAAUGUACAAGGACUGGGUGUGAGGGCCAGCACAACGCCACAGCUGAGCAAUAAUAAGAGAAUGGUAGAUGCUCGUGAUAGGCUGAGCCUCAAGAGGAGCAUUGGAGGGACACAGACACAGGUGGCUACUGCACUGCCCCUAAAAAUAACCAAGACCAUUCAGCAAAGUCCACUAGGGAUGUCAGGUGGCAUACGUGCAGCUACACAGCCUGUGACAAAUGAACAUGAUGACACCCUUAGUAAACAAAUAAAGAUCACUACUACAAACAAUUUGCUACAGUCACGGUCUGGUUCAGUGGGUUUGACGUUCUCCAUGUCAGCCCCGAUAACCAAGGUGGUUAAAAACGAUACUUACACAGCCCCACGUCCUCCUGUCCCAGUGGCCCCCGCUCGGCCCAGCACCAGCGUGGCUGCUAACCGGUCCUCAGCUGCAGCCUUACAACCUGUCACCAGGACCCUCCAGCAAAGCCCAGCUGAAACCAGCACCAUGGCUCCUGCUCCCCCUCAGCCUACUUUCAGUCCUUUGGAGGGAACCAAAAUAACGGUGAACAACCUGCAUCCCCGGGUCACAGAGGAAGACAUAGUUGAGCUGUUCUGUGUGUGUGGUGCCUUGAAGCGAGCGCGGCUGGUGAAGAUGGGUGUGGCUGAAGUGGUGUUUGUCCGUAAAGAGGACGCUGUGAGCGCAUACAGGAAGUACAACAACCGCUGCCUGGACGGCCAACCCAUGAAGUGUAACCUUCAUAUUCAGGGAAAUGUCAUCACUUCGGAUCAGCCCAUUCUAUUGAGGCUCAGUGACAGUCCAGGCACAGGCAGCAGUACAAAGAAAGACAGUCUGCCCCCCUCUUUGUCUCGCCCUGCUGGACAGAGAGCCUCAUCUCAGCCCACCCCGGAGGUGGACCCCCAGACCAUCCUGAAAGCUUUGUUCAAGUCCACUGCACAGUCCACCCCCACUACUGAGUCCCCCAGCUCACAGGCCACUGCCUUUCGCAUUAAGAUUUAGCUUGACUCAUGUGAAUACACUGUCUGUCCAUAAACACAUUACUGGGGUCCCAUUGUUUCCAUCUUGACAGCAGCUGAUCAACAUCUCGUAUGAAACUGGUUUUUACAUAUUUGAUAUACAUGACUACUCUGAAGGUGAAAUUCAUGGAUAUGCAGCAUCCUGGUUUUGGUUUUGUGGCAUCCAAGUGUUUCCUGUGUCUGUCUAAACUGGACCAGUGGACAGAAAUAUCAUAAGUAGUUUUUUUUUUUAAUCCAGUGUGUAGAGGGGGUGCCCAGUCAAGCUGGAUGUGUAAGGAUUUUUUUUCUUUUUCAUUAAUUCAUUAUCAGCCCAGCUUUAUGAUUAGCUCCACUUGUCCCUGGUUCCCCAAAAAAUGAGAAGAGGCAAAAUAAAGAUCAAAAAUUUUUUAAUUAACAGACAGAGCAGCAUUGUCACUGACAGAUCCGGUAUUGCUAAGGCCCUCACGUGCACAAAAGUGUUCAUUUAUAUUGUCUGUACCUCUUUCUGGAUAGUUUGAGUGUGUACAGACCGCAGCAGAAGCUAUGUAAUACAGUAGAUACCAUCUGUAUGGAGCACAGAUCUUUAACCCAAGGAGAGAGGUCUUACAAGCCAAAAUAAAAUAAUUCCACUUGG